AUGGAGGUAAAAAAAAAGAAAAUUCGAUACAUUCUGCAGUACCACUACGGCCAAAGGGAAAAAGCGGAGCAGGCGGCCAAAAAAAUGUGUGCUGUUUAUGGACCCAAUACAGUAUCGAAUGCAACAGCAAAGCGGUGGUUCCAACGAUUCUGUUCUGGUAAUAUGGACGUCGAAGAUGAGACACGCUCUGGUAGGACAAUCGUCGAAAAUGUCGACAAAAUCAUGGAAAUCGUCGAGUCGGACCGGCAUGCGAGCACUUAUUCCAUUGCCCAGGAACUGAAAAUUAGCCAGAAAACCAUUUGGAACCAUUUGUAUAAGGCUGGUCUCAAGAAGAAGCUCGAUGUAUGGGUGCCACACGAAUUGACGCAAAAGAACCUUUUGGACCGAAUUCAUGCCUGCGAUUCUUUGCUGAAGCGUAACGAAAUCGACCCAUUUUUUAAGUGGAUGGUGACUGGCGAUGAAAAAUGUAUCACAUACGAGAACAAUAGGCGGAAAAGAUCGUGGUUCAAACGCGGUGAGCCGGUCCAAACGAUCGCCAAGCCCGGAUUAACGGCCAAGAAGAUUUUACUGUGUGUUUGGUGGGAUUGGAAGGGAAUCAUCCAUUAUGAGCUGCUCUCAUCGGGCCUAUCACUCAAUUCGGACCUACACUGUCAACAACUGACCAGAUUGAAGCAGGCGAUCGACGAGAAGCGCUGCCUCCAGGAGUUACUCAGGGAUUGGAGGGUCGCACUUGUGCGGCCCAAAGGUCCCUACAGCGCGGAUAGAGCGGGAUCGUUAGCCUUGGGUAGGCAGCCGGUCUAA